CUCUUUACAAACAGCUGUUCUUCUUAUGUGCUGCCGGGUCACACAGAGAUAGCAGUCAACGCAACACAUCCCAUCGUACAUCGCUCAACGACCAAUCAAGUUGGGGAGGAGCAGUGAUUUGUAAACAUAACAAACAUAAACUAGAAGAGUUAAGAAACGAAUUGUGAAGUGAUCUGAAACAGUGUCGUUUAGUACAACAGAGCUGUGAAUAAAAAUCAACGUUCUCCAAAUAUGAGAGUGCCAAAGCUUAGUCUGUUUUCCACCUUACGCCAGUCACUGUUAGCGCAACAAUCCAAGUAUAUUUCCAUUCAAAGUCUACGCGCUUUAUCCACUAUCCACCAUAAAAUAGCAAACCAAAAUCUCUGUCCCCAACAAAGUUUUCUAAAACAAACACAGUUCCGUUUACACCACUGCCCGGCAAACAUGUUACCUCCUCGCAUCCCCUUUUCGGAAGAUUUCUUUUUCCGUCAGCUCUUCGAUUCGGAAAGCAGUACCUAUACCUAUUUAUUGGCGGAUUUGACCACCCAUGAAGCCAUCAUUAUCGAUCCGGUGUUGGAACAGGCCAAACGCGAUGCUCAAUUGAUCAAGGAUUUAGGCUUUACAUUGAAAUAUGCUGUUAAUACCCACAUGCAUGCUGAUCACAUUACCGGCAGCGGUUGGUUGAAACAAUUAUUGCCCGGCUGUAAAUCGGUGAUUUCAGAAGCGAGUGGUGCCAAAGCUGAUAUAAAAAUUCAUGAAGGCGAUAAAGUUGAAUUUGGACGUCAUGCCAUUGAAUCUUUGGCAACACCAGGUCACACCAACGGUUGCAUGACAUAUGUCAUACCCGAACAAGGUUGUGUCUUUACGGGAGAUACUUUGUUGAUUAGAGGAUGUGGACGCACCGAUUUCCAAGAGGGCAACUCGAAGAGCCUCUACGAAAAUGUUCACAGCAAAAUAUUUUCAUUGCCUGAGAAUUAUCGUAUCUAUCCAGCCCACGAUUACAAAGGCCAAUUGGAAAGUUCAGUAUUUGAAGAGAAGAGAUACAAUCCUCGUCUAACAAAAUCUCUGGAGGAAUUCACUAAGAUUAUGGACAAUUUGAAUUUGCCCUAUCCCAAGAAGAUAGACAAAUCCCUGCCAGCCAACAAGGAAUGCGGUGUUUAUGACAUACCCAAGGAAGAAUAAUGCCUAUAAAAUGUGUAUAUCUGAGAUUUGUUGUAAAAAGCGAACAUAAUUGAACAACCUUUUAUUUGAUAAUUAUUUGUUUAUUGUCCCCCCUAAAAAUAGUCCAAUUAACCUUUUAAUAAAGCAACUCAACCAAUAACCUUCAA